AUGGCCUACUCGAGUGUGGAUGCAGCAAUGGUGGUGGCGUUGAGAAACGCGGUAAGCGAUUGCACAGAGAGAGGACUCAUAUUCGCGUCAAAAUGGGCGUCCGAAUUGCUUCUGUCAGUGCCCCAGGACAAGCGUAGAUCGGCCCGUUCUGCUGCACAGGAGCAUGGGUCUUCUAUCCCCGCUCGCAAGCACUCUCCCCGCCCGCACGUCUCCUUCGUUAAACCCGCCGCUCAGUCAUCGACAACCACCCAGUCACGGCAUUCUCUGGCCCCUCCGUUGUACGCACAGCCCCCAGAGGUCCGUCAGCAAGAGCUAGAGUGGGAAGCCGAAGAGGAUGAUGCAAUUGCGACUGCACGUACGUACAUUGAAGCUAGAGAAUUCAGGAGGGCUAUGCAUUGGUUGCGAGAGUGUAAGAGCGCCAAGGCCCGUUUCCUCAGCGUAUACAGUCAAUACAUGUUUGCCGAGAAGCAAGCGUUGAGAGACUGGUACAAGCUUGAUAAUACUCGUCAACAACCUCCUCUUCCUGUGAAUACUUCCCUACUAGAGUUACUAGAAAAAGUCAAGAACACUACAGAUCCGUGGCUAUUAUUUUUGAAAGCCCUGUUUCUCCGUCGUCUAUCCAGAAGAGAAGAGGCGAUCGAGAGCGCACUGCUUUCCAUUGCCGGAUACCCUUGGAAUUGGGCCGCGUGGUCUGUUCUGGGAGAAUGUCUCGGUGACGGGGACGAGUUGGCAUCCUUACUGCCGUUGAUUCCUCUUCCAUCGAUCCAUCCGCUAGUCCAGAUGUUCCAGGUCAAGACCCUGAAUAGCCUCAACAAUCCUUCUGAGAAUGAAAGGCGGUUGUGUGAUCACCUACUGGGUGAGGACUUCUUCCCGCAAAGCCUUUGGAUAAUGUCCCUCAGAGCCUGCGUUCUCUAUUAUCUUCACGACUUCAAGCAAGCUGAAGCGCAAUUCAAGAAGAUACUCGCGGUUGACCCUUACAGAAUCGACGACAUUGACAUCUAUUCGAACAUCCUCUACGUCGGCGAGGAUAACCUGCGCCUAUCAAAGCUUGCACAUGACUUCUUGGCACUGGACAAGGACCGUCCCGAGGUGUGCUGUCUGGCCGGGAACUACUAUUCUCUCCGCGCAGAACAUGAGAAAGCCAUCAAGUAUUUUAGACGUGCAACGCAGUUGGAUAGGACGUAUCUGUCUGCUUGGACACUGAUGGGUCAUGAGUACGUGGAGAUGAAGAACUCGCAUGCCGCCAUUGAGGCGUAUAGAAAAUCUGUCGACGUGAAUAGGAAGGAUUACAGGGCUUGGUACGGCCUUGGCCAAGCCUAUGAAUUGCUGAGCAUGCAUCAAUAUGCGCUCUACUACUAUCAGCACGCCACCGCCUUACGGCCAUACGACCUCCGCAUAUGGCAAGCGCAGGGUGCCUGCUACGAGGAAAUGGGGCGACCGAAGGAAGCCAUCGAGUGCCUGAGGCGCGCUCUCAUCGGCGCCAAUGCGCAGGAGACGACAAUCCACCUGAAGCUUGCCAAGCUGCACAACGACCUCAACGAGUUCGCGGAAGCGGCCGCGUAUCACCGCCGUGUGGUCGAGGUCUGCCGCUCGACGAACAAACCUAUCGGCGAGAGCGCCAAGUCGCGCGUGUACGUAGCGCGCUACCAUCUGAUGCACGGCGGAGGAGACCUUGACUUGGCGAAGGAGUACCUCGAGCAAGUAGCGACAAGCAACUCCGAGGAAGUGUCCCAGGCGACCGAGCUAUUAAAAAAGGUGAAGGCAGCGAUACACGCGAAGGAGGCGAGCACGGCAGCGGCGGAGGCCACGGCUGAACGACUGGAGUCACAUGGUCACGCGCCGUCACACGCGCACGGGACGGGGAAGCGUGACGCAAACGCAACAAAACAAAAGCGAUCGCCAGCUGAGAUGUCGAAAAAGCAGCCCUCGAGCUCCUCGCCCUCCCCGUCCUCCUCGUCGCUUACACGCCCCACACCGCUCCCGCGCAUCAAGACCGCCCUCGAUGCCGCCUCCCCCGCCCUCGCCUCGCAGAGUGCAACCCCCGCACCCGACCCGUCGACGCCCGCCGUUGCGUCCACGUCUGCGGCGACUCCGGAGUAUGCGCACCCGGGCGUGCUCGACGACGUGCGUGAAAAUGGACGGGCGCACGAGGGGGUGCCGCAGACGAACUACAUAGCAGAUUUGGAGGCGAUUGCGGCCAGGGUCGAAAUGAAGACUGCCGCAAGGGGCCGCACACCGGAGGAGGAGCAGAGUAUGCUCCUCGCCGCUACGCAAGUUGCGACCAGCUUGGCGGCAGACCACCUCGCGGUUUUAUACCCGGACGUUGACACGCCCUUCACCGACGCGCAGGACGUCGUCCGGCGACUACUGCCUUACCACGUUUUCCAGCAGCCCAGGGCGGGCUUGGUGGUACAAACACGCACACGAUCUCGCAAGGGCAAAAGCAAGGCCACGGAGCAGGAUCUGCUUCGGGACGAGAUAGCCGAGACCAGGUUCGCGCUGCAGUGCUGGCGACGGCGCAAGGCGCUGCAAGACCGGUUCAGGCGCGCGAAGAUUUACUCGGGCAAGCACGCCUCCCCGGAAGACCAGCUGUACGUGCUCACGCAGACGGUGCUGGAGGGGGAGCGCGCGGAGACGGCGAGCUUGAACGCGGAGCUGCGACACGCGCGCGUGGAGCUUGACAGAGUUCAACGCGAACAUCGUGCAGCGGUGGCGCCUCCCCCAGCAGCGGUGCCCCAGCCUGCGCCAUCUUACUACGGGCCUCACACGACCACGGGGUACGCGUCACAGUACCGGCCGUUCACAUAUCCAUACGGAACGGGAUACGGGGGGAGUCAGUACACAUACAAUCCGGCAGCAUACACACCGGCGUCAUAUACAGCGAGCGCUCCGACGGCGAGUCCAUACGGGACAGGGAGUGGAAGCGCGGCUGCGCACACGACGUCGACGCCGACGUCGGUUUAUACGCCUCCGAGCGCGGUCCCAGCACAGGCGGCCACGUCGACAGCGUCGGUGCAGGUGCAGCAGGCGCAGGCACGGCCUCUGGCGGUGCCGCCGAUGUCUGCGAUCCCGGUGCAGCUGCCGUCGCUGUCGCUGCCCGCGCUGGCUGCGAUUGGGAUCCAACCGGUGCCAGCGGCGUCUGUGCCGCCUCCGGAUCAGCGGCAGCCGGCUGCGGUGCUGAAGGGGCAGACGGGGACGAUGCUGAGCCUGGAGAUCAACGUUGGGUCGCUGGACUCGUCGCAGAUGAGUGGGCUGGCGCUGAUUCUGAAUGCGCUGACGUCGCGGGGGGUGAACGUGGACGGGGUGCCGGGCAGCACGGGUGCGAGUGGAGGUGGACCAGCUGCUGCUCCAGCAGCUGCAGCAGCGAGUGCGUCGGCCGGGACAUCGCAGAAGGCGUGA